ACUAAUAAUAAGACCUACAUCAUGGAUAACUUACAAAGUAACAACACCACUAUGAAUCUUCAGCCAUUGUUUAUGUCAAUGUUUACCAACAAUGCUGAAGACCCCUUCCAUUCUAUUGAAAUGAUAGAAACUCAAAGAGAUUUCCUAUACUUGUGCUCUAUUUUUUUGAUAGGAGCUGUUGUGCGGCAUGCCACUGAUGUCUUGCAUAUACCCCUGCCUUACACAGUAGUUGUUUUCUUUGUUGGUGUAAUUGCUGGCUAUCUUCCACUUGGUCAUGUUGUGGAAAUAGGCCCUCAUACGAUAAUCAAAGUGUUCAUGCCCAUUCUCAUUUUUGAAGGAUCAUUUGCGAUUGAUAUCUACAUAUUCAAACAAAUAUUUAUACAGGUUCUGAUCCUUGCUGUACCUGCACUAGUGGUGAUGACAUUUUUACUUGCUGGGACAUCAAUGUAUUUAUUCAAGUACAAGGACUGGACAUGGCUGGUGGCACUAUUGUUUGGUUCUAUUCUGUCAGCAACAGAUCCUGUUGCAGUUGUUGCUAUCAUGAAAGACUUAGGAACCCACAAGCGUUUGGCUCUGUUGAUUGAGGGAGAGUCAAUGCUCAAUGAUGGAACAGCUAUGGUGUGCUAUGAAUUGUUUUUACAGAUGAUAGAACAUCCAUCAAAACCCGUUGAUGAAAUAGUCUACAAUAUAUUUUGGGUCUCAUUAGGUGGCCCAUUGUUUGGAUAUCUCAUGGCUCAAGUGGCUAUCUUCUGGCUACAGUGGACAUUUAAUGAUAGCCUUACAGAAAUAGCCAUUACUUUAUCAAUGGCUUAUUUAGUUUUUUAUAUUGCUGAUGCCUACCUUAAAGUUUCGGCUGUGCUGGGUGUAGUGGCUCUAGGAGCUACCUUGAGUGAGCAUAGAACUUCUAUCAGUCCAGAGGUAGAAGUAUUUUUACACAGUUUUUGGGAAACACUUUCCUUCAUGGCCAACACUUUGAUCUUUGCCAUCUGUGGUUUCAUCAUCACUAAAAAAGUAAUUGUGAAUGCUCAGCUACAGGACUGCAUCUACCUCAUCAUUCUAUACUUUGCUGUUCAGCUAAUUCGAGGUCUAACAAUCAUGAUGUUCAGUCCUAUUCUAAAACGGCUUGGAUAUGGCUUGACUUGGCAGGAUGGUCUAGUCUGUACAUGGAGUGGCCUAAGGGGAGCAAUUGGACUGGCUCUUGCACUUAUUAUAUUUAAAUCUGAGAAAGAGCCAUUAUGUAAUCAUAAUGUAGGAGGAAAGAUCCUGUUUCACGUCUCCCUGAUUGUGGUUGCCACCCUGUUGAUUAAUGCUACCACCGUGUCACAUCUGCUCACUUUCUUAGGUUUGACAGAUGUGACUCCAGCCAGGAGAAAUGCCAUGAAGAAAGCUAUUGGAAUUUUAGAUGAAUGUCGCAGAAAAACAAUGAAUGUGUGGAAAAUUGACAGGUUUCUGGCAGAUGCUGACUGGGACACAGUUAAUAAUAUUACUUUAAUAGAAGACCCUUUCAUGAGCACUGAGACAACAGAAGAGAAGGAAUUACGAGAGAGACUGGGUGGGGUGUGUCCGCGGUGUAACAUGGCUGUUCCUUAUGUACCCACGUCAUCAGAAGUUCAUAAAUGGUUGGCUGAAGCAACAAGAAAAUAUUUAAAGCUACUUAAGCAAAACUUCUGGCUCCAGUUUGAGCGAGGCCUCCUUGCAGGAUUUAGUGUACGAAAAUUAAAUGAACUUGCAGAGGAGGCAGCUGAUAAAGAUUGCGAGAUGAUCAAGGUGAAGGAAAUAAAAAAGAUGUGGAGAACACCUGCAUGUGUGUCUACAACUAAAAAGUUGUUGAGAGGUCAAAGGCUACAUCACAAACAAUCCUUUAUGUAUGAAAUAAUGCACUCGAGGUCUUUUACUGUAGCUUUGCUGUAUGAACUAAGCCAUAGCCAGGCCCUGAUGGCUGGCGUAUUUGGCAUGGACUGUAUAGUUAUUAUUGUAACUGAAGUACUUGUUUAUGUAGACUGGACAUAUGAGGGAAUGAGAAAUGCAGAAAAUGGCGUCCAAAAUGCCAACUUAGUAAUGAUAACAUUACUGACAGCUUAUUUUCUGUUUAGGCUGAUCAUGUUUGUAAAAACUUACAUCAAAACAAUGUGGUUCUAUGUGAACCUAUCCUGCCUUGUUCUGGCCUACCUGGAUCUCUUUACACACUGGUAUGCUUUUCAAAAGAUGGAGUUAGAUCUGCACUUUGAUGAAAGUGAUACAUUUCAGUUCAUAUCUAAAAUCAUGAUCACAUUGCGGACAGUUCGCACUGUGCAAAUCUUUGAGGUUACAGUUAGUAUACUGCUAUAUUUCGUUAAACAAUCUGUUAAAGUUAGGCUCACUACUGGCUGUGAUAUGGGAAGAGGUUUUGUCAGAGCUAACGAGUUGGCAAUCAGGCUGAUUGAUCACAUAUCAGAUGAUAUCAAUGUACAGAACAUGAUACGGGCUAGUGCAGAAAAAGCUAAAAUGAGUGUUUUGAGAGAACUAGGACUUCUGCAGGGCUUACAUCCUGACGUGGCACUGGGUGUCAAGACCUGUCAGGCCAUACGAUCUGUUCUCAAUGUGAUGCGUGAAGGCAUGCACCACCUCAUGGAAGAGGGUGGUAUUGAUGAACCUGAGGGGCAGCUUUUUAUUAAGGUUAUUGAAUCUAAAAUGAAACGUUUGAUGGCAGCACCUCCUGCUCUUGAAAUUCCUUCAACCAAAAAAAUACUUGCUGCUAUUCCAUGGAUUGAUGGGGAUCUUACUCUGGUUGAUUACAUUCACAAUCUGUCUCAUGAAAUCAUCUACAACUAUGGUGAUAUAGUCUUACGUUGUGGUGAACCGCCAGAUGGUAUAUAUUUCAUCAUCAGUGGUUUAGUUAAGGUGGAAGCUCCCCUUUUUAGUGAAAACCAGCAAACAGCAGCAAUGCAGACUCUUGAUUUUCUAUCUACUGGGAAUGUGAUUGGAGAGAUCAGUGUGUUAACACAGAAACAUCGGACUGCAACAUUAACUUGUGAGACUACAGUGAAGCUACUAUUUUUGAGCACCAAUGAUUUGAAACAGGCCUGUGAAAGAUUCAAAGACCUAUCACCACCCCUCCUUGCUCGUCUCUGGAAAGUGUGUGCUAUAAGGAUUUCCAUCAACAUACUUGCCAAUGUGGCCAGUUAUCAUGGAAUGCGCAAAGAGACAUUACUUGCCCGGCUUGAAAAUGCUGAACUGGAGCACAUCAGUGAUAAAUACAAUCAAUUUGAAAUCACACCUUACAUGAUUGAUGUCAUUCUGAUUAUGGGAGAAGCUUAUGAUUUCAGAACGAGAGAAAAAUUUAUUGGACCUUGCUAUAUACCAAAAGCUGUCAGUAAACUAGUUUUUACACCUAAUCAGUCACCUCGCCCUUUAAUGUUCUUUGCAUUAAAACCCUCCAGUGGAAGAGGAGUUCAGCACAGCCUGUCCCGCUCGCUGUCUCGAGACCAAAGGACGAGUAGUAAAAGUCAGACUGAAAUCAAAGUUACUAAUAAUACCACAACACGAACAAGUGCAAUGGAAAACUUAGAGUUCUGAGCAGAUGCUUAAUUUUUUUCAAUUUUAUUAAUGAAAAUUGAAAACAAAUUUUCUAUAAAUAUUUGGAGAGAAUUAUAGUAUUGUUUUUAAAAAAAAAGAAAACAACAGAUUAAUGGUUUUCUUUUAUUAUGGGGAAUCAUGACUGACACAUGCUUAAGUACAAAGGGGGUAAUGAUCAGAAUGAUUUCUGAAAUAUUUUUGACCUUCCCAUUCUUUCACUGAUGGGGGAAAGUUAACUUUUUUUAAAACUACCAUUCAAGGGAACUGCUUAUACAUUUUUUUAAUCAGGCUAUAUGAAACAUUGGUAAUUGACAGUUUGUUUAGAAUCUACGUUGUGAUGUAUACCAUCAUUUGUUGAAAGGGCAUGCUUUUCAUUAUCUCCCCUACAUCAGUAUUUCAUGUGAUAUUUAUACUUAGUUCAAACAUAUCCGUUCUCAAGAAAAGCAACCACAAUAGCUUAACUUCUGAACUCCCAACACAAGAAUGUCCUAGCUUGAGGCAUGUCACAAUUAGUUAAACUGUGGAUUGUUUGAACUGGUCUGUUGUAGCUGCAGGUUUGAGUGAUUUAGUGUAGUUACUUGUCAUCCUUAAGUGAAGGGGAAUUAGGUCUUAUAAAUACUUGUACAAAAUAAAUUAAAGGUAAACAAC